AUUAAUCCUAUUCUCAAUUCAUCAGCUCUUCUAUCAAUUGUACUACUUACACUACCCAUCCUUCAUAGUCUCAUAUUUCCUAACAAGACUAAACACUUUCCUUCCUAUUGCAAAAACAUAAUUAUAUUAGCCUUCUUCACCAGCCUACCCCCACUAUUUACUUUCAUCUACAAUGGUCAAGAAUCAAUUAUUACCAACUGACACUGAUUUUCAAUCCACUCAUUCUCCAUCUCAAUAAGUUUUAAACUUGACUUCUUUUCUAUCAUCUUUAUUCCCAUUGCCCUAUUUGUAACUUGAUCCAUCCUUGAAUUCUCCCUAUGAUACAUGCACGCUGACCCUAAUAUCUCCCGAUUCUUUAAAUACCUAACCAUCUUCCUUAUAACAAUGAUUAUCCUAGUCUCAGCCAACAACCUAUUCCAACUUUUCAUCGGAUGAGAAGGCGUAGGAAUUAUAUCCUUCAUACUUAUCGGUUGAUGGUAUGGACGAACAGACGCUAAUACCGCAGCCCUUCAGGCCAUCCUUUACAACCGCAUCGGAGACAUUGGGUUUAUACUAUCUAUAGCCUGACUAAUACUAAAUAACAACUCUUGGGACCUUCAACACGUCUUCUCAACCAACAUAGAUACUAUUGCCCUCCUUGGCCUAAUCAUUGCAGCCACCGGAAAGUCUGCCCAAUUUGGACUUCAUCCUUGACUCCCCUCUGCCAUAGAAGGACCAACCCCCGUAUCAGCCUUACUCCACUCCAGCACUAUAGUAGUCGCCGGAAUCUUCCUCCUAAUCCGAUUUCAUCCUAUAAUCGAAAACAAUCAAAUUAUCCUCACAACCGCUCUAUGCCUAGGGGCCAUAACAACCCUGUUCACAGCCAUCUGCGCAAUUACACAAAAUGAUAUUAAAAAAAUCGUAGCCUUUUCAACAUCCAGUCAAUUAGGCCUGAUAAUAGUUACCGUGGGCCUCAACCAGCCUCACCUAGCAUUCUUACAUAUCUGCACCCACGCCUUCUUCAAAGCAAUGCUAUUCCUAUGCUCUGGGUCUAUCAUCCACAGCCUCAAUGACGAACAAGAUAUUCGAAAAAUAGGAGGACUAUUUAACUCAAUACCUAUCACAUCCUCUGCCUUAAUAACAGGCAGCCUUGCACUCACAGGAACCCCUUUCCUGGCAGGCUUCUACUCAAAAGAUUCAAUCAUCGAAGCCCUAAAUACAUCAUACACAAACUCAUGAGCCCUUAUUAUAACAAUAAUUGCCACCUCCUUAACCGCUAUCUACAGCCUACGUAUUAUUUUCUAUGCCCUCAUAGGUUACCCCCGAUUUACACCAAUAACCCCCAUCAAUGAAAACAACCCUAACCUAAUUAACCCUAUUAUACGACUCGCCCUAGGAAGCAUCUUUGCAGGCUUCAUCUUAACAGCUAACAUUCCUCCAACAUCAUCCAUCUCCAUGACCAUACCAACCAUAAUCAAACUAUCUGCCCUAAUAGUUACCCUUCUGGGCCUUUUAAUCGGUAUAGAACUAAACUCUCUUAGCAAUAAACUCAUAAACUCAACUAACCAUACUGUCUUCUUCUCUAGUUUACUAGGUUACUUCACUCACAUUAUACAUCGAAUGACUCCCCUAAUAAACCUAUUUGUAGGCCAACGAAUCGCUACCAUACUAAUUGAUCUUAACUGAUACGAGAAAACAGGACCUAAAGGUCAAGCUUAUACUCAUUCCUUAGUAUCUUCAAAACUCUCCUCAACUCAAAAAGGACUAAUAAAAACAUACUUCCUAUCUUUUCUUGUCUCAAUUACACUCGUUCUAGCACUUAUAUAA